AUGGAAGGAACGGGAUGUAAAUACAGUGAACCUGUUGCAGAUCUACUGUGGACAUCCCCCGAGAAUUUGCGAAGUGGUAACUUCGCUGGAUCACAAGAGGGUGACGUAUACAGUUUCGCGAUCAUUUCUUCGCAACUCGUUACAAAGGCAAAAGCAUGGGAUCUGAACCACAGAAAAGAGGAUGCUGAAGUACAGCAAUGGCUGCAUGGUUUGGGGUCUCAGUCGGCAGAUACGAGUCUUGAAAAAGACAGCGCUGAGACCAUUUCUGAAGUCAUGCGUGUGGCUGAGAGGUAG